UAGCGCGGCGGAGGAGGCGGUCGAUGGGGGCGCGGCUCAGCAUGGCCACCUGGGCGCCGGGCCGGGCGCCGCUGGGCUUCCCCACGCUGCCCCUCGCCAAUGGCUUACACAUCCCCGUGCUGGGGCUGGGUACAUCCCAUCAAGGUGGAUAUUCCCAUGAUGCUGUGGUGUAUGCACUACAAAAAUGUGGCAUUCGUCAUAUUGAUACAGCAAAAAGAUACGGCUGUGAAUUACUUCUUCAGAAUGCUAUCAAAGAAAGUGAUGUGAAGCGAGAGGACCUCUGGAUAACUACCAAACUCUGGCAUAGUGACUAUGGCUAUGAAAACACAAAACAAGCCUGCCUGGAUUCAUGCAAAAGACUUGGUGUUCAGUACCUCGAUCUUUAUUUGGUACACUGGCCUGAUGCACAAGUUCCUGGUAAAAGUAAUCGUAAGGUCCGAGCGGAAACCUGGAGAGCCAUGGAGGACCUAUAUGAGAAAGGUUUAUGUCGGUCUAUUGGUGUAAGCAAUUUUCUCAUUAAUCAUUUGGAGCAACUAAAGGAAGAUUGUAAGAUAACCCCACAUGUUAAUCAGGUUGAAUAUCACCCUUUCCAAAGGCCCCAAGAGCUGGUGGAUUAUUGUAGAAGUAGAAACAUUGUUUUUGAAGGCUACUGCCCAUUAGCCAAAGGCGAAGCUCUUACUCAUCCUAAUAUAAUUCAGCUGGCAAAGAAAUAUGGCAAAACCCCUGCACAGAUCUGUAUACGUUGGAGCAUACAGAAUGGGAUUGUCACUAUUCCAAAAUCUACAAAAAUAGAAAGGAUACGGGAAAACUGUGAGACUUCAGUAUUUAGCUCUGAUGCUCUGUCCAGUAUUGUCAGGUUUGCUGGUGGGACAGAGAAAGCUAACAGUAGAAUUUUGCUUGACUGAUUUGCAUCAUUGGAGUAAAAGUUUUUGAUUUUAGUCUGAGGGAAGAAGAUCUGGAAUUUUUAGAUUCUUUGAACAUCAACAAAAAACUGAUUCACCUAACCUAUCCGUUAUGGAAAGGGUAACUUCAAACCAGAUUGUUUUAACCUGCAACAACUGAAACACAAAUACAUUUUGAACUGCACAAAACUGUUUCACAUCUACAUUGUUUUAUUACCUCUAAAGCUCCUGUCAGUAGCUUAUGAUAUUGACUAUUAUAUGCACAAAGUUAAUUAAAUGUGGCUUAGUUUUUCUCUCUCUUUCUCUCUCUCUCUCACACACACACAUUUCUUAAUAAUCAGUUUCUCUGAUGUCCAGGUCUUUCUAUAAUAUUUUCUUUGGAUGGUUUGAGUUAUUCUGCUCAACCUCACUGUAUUUGAAUUUAGCUGCUACUUUUUGGGACCCUGCUUCAGUCAAGAUUGGACUUGUUUAUACCUAUUGGAGUUUUGGCACUGCGGCCCAGAUUUUCAAAGCACCUAAAGAUGGAAAUCGGCACAUAGUGAGAUUUUCAGAAGGAUUUAAGGUGCCUAACUCUCAUUGAAAUCAAUAGGAGUGAGCACCAAGGGCUUUUGAAAGCUGCAUUUUAAAAAUCGAAAUAUCUUUAGAAAUCAGACUUUAAUUUCAGUGGAAGCAGGAUUGUCUCCUCAAUCCAACUUUCAGUUAUGGGCAGUACUCCUUUUCACUUCAGCAUGCUAUAACGUAUUCAAAGUGUUUUUCUUAAUAAAAAAAUAAAACAGUACUUAGUACAUCCAUUUGUGCUUUCCAUAAGGGAGUAAGUAGCCCUAUUCUAUUUUACAGAUGAAGAAACUAAGAGGUUAAGUGACUUGUGCAAGCUCAUAUAGCAAGUCAAUCACAGACCUGGGAAUAGAACCAAUAUAUCCUGAUUUGCAAUCUGAGAUUCUUGCCAUUGAACUAUGAGCAGAGUGCUAAAUUCUGAUCUUUGUUACAUUGGUACAAAUCCAGAGAAACUACUGAAGUUGAGUGUAGUUACAGCUGGUUUACAGUGGUGCAACAAAGAUCAGACUCUGACUCAGAGUCUCCAUUCUGUAGUUGACAUUUCUCCCCUUUUAAUUUCUUUUUGUAAAUUCUUCCAGGACACUGCAGGCUAUUCUCUGAACUCUUCCUCAGUUGGGCAAAGCUACACUGUUGGCACUCUUACAAGGACCAUCAAGUCCUGACUUACUUGAAGGAACAGCCCUGAUAGCUCUCAUGGUGCCUGACCGCCAGUUUCAUUUUGUCUUAUUAAAGAAACACGCACUUUUUGCAUUCAAAGACUCAAAGGUUUGACUGCACAAAUGAUUGUGUGCAAAAAAUUGUGGGCAGUCUACAAAAAAUGUACAGAGUGGAUGGUGGGGGAGUCGUACUCAGAGGCUUGCUGUGUGAAUCACUGAUGCAAAAGUUUGAGAACCAUUGCUCUAACUACUAGAUGCAGUACUUAAACUUUCCCAGUCACAUGGUUUCUUGACACCCAACUUUUUAGGAAAACAUACUGGUGAAGUGGCUGCUGUAUAACAGUUGUGAAAGUAGAAUGAAUUAUAUUGUAAAAAUAAGAAUGGAUUAAAGAAAUGUUGUAUGUACCUUUAAGCAGAAAUAAGAAAUGUUGAAAUACAGGUGCAAGGAAAAGAAACAUUAGGC